CAGAAUGUGACCAUUUUAUUUUUUAUUGAGCAGUAGAUGUGGAUUUUUUAAGUUUAGUGUGAAGAAACUUUAACCACGUGCUUGGAUUGAGGUCAGCAGUUCUGCCGGUCGUCCACCAGAGGUCACUGUUGUGCGCCUGUUCGAUGUUCCUUUCAGCGUAAACUUUGACUGCAGACCUCCUGCAGCUCCACAUGUCUGCAGGUUCCUCCUGCUGAUCGCGCGCUGCGCCGCCUCCUUUCCUCAUCCGGGAUGCGGGUGGAGGAGCCCGGGCAGGAGGCGCAACAAGAUCAGCCCCCCCCUCCCCAAAAGGAUGCUUAAAUAUUCAAUGAGCUGCUGGCGGAGGGGCGGGCAGGCGUCAGCAAGGGACAACUUGACAACAACAAGCGGCUUUUCAUUCAUUUUCGGAGCUUCCUGGCGACACCAGCACCCCCUUGCCUACUGGACACAGACUCCUCGCGCCGUCUUCAACCGUCCCCAAAACUUUUUUUCCUUUUUUUUCCUCCCUCACCAUGGAGCCGCAGAGGACGGGUACCGGCGCCGCGGUACGGCAUGCAAAUACGUACUCUGACGUCGGCGAUCAUGUGGCUUUUGGCGUAGAUCCUCCUUGUGAUCGCCAAUUUUUUUCUUCCCCGUCGACCGUCGUCUCCUCGGUUAUCGGACCGCCGCGAAAGUGCUGGAAGCCACUCGGCGUGGUUGUUGGUGUAAUGGUCGCGGAGGGAUUGAACCGCAGCACCUGAGCAGAAGCAGCAGCGGGCAGGCAGAGCCCCGUCAUGAAGUUACAGGAAGUCUGCUGGUGGUGGAGCUGACGCUCAGUGAGCCCAGCUUACGCCACUCAUCACUACAUCUCUGUAGACUUUUCGCUCCUGAGUCCAAUUCCAAAAAGUAGUGCUCAAUCUCAGUAGUCCUGCUGCCUGGGACUCUGAGCCUCAUUUACCACAUCCCUGGCCACGUACAAGCUUCAAGCGAGGCCAGCGGUCCACCAGGACGCAGCCAGGAUCUGCAGCCAUCAUGUCCAGUAGACGAAAAGCCUCCACCCCCUGUAUGAUCCGCCCAGACCAAACCAUGGUGGAGGUUGAGGAUGAGGAGAAGGAGUCCCACCACAUGGAUGUUCAGACAACAACAGAGAACCAUACUGAUGAGGGGGUCGUGAGUGCACCACCCAGUACAGACGGAGAAUCGUCUAUGGACGUAGACAUAAGCGCCAAGGUCUCGGACACCAACAAAGCUUCGGACAAACCAACAGCAGAACCUUCAGAACCCUCCAAACCUCCACGCAAGCAGCAGGGCGGCUACGAGUGCAAAUACUGCACCUUCUCCACCCAGAAUCUCAGCACCUUCAAAGAACACGUGGACUCCAACCAUCCCAACGUCAUCCUCAACCCGCUGUACCUGUGCGCCGUCUGCAACUUCAACACCAAGAAGUUUGACACCCUGACGGAACACAACGAGAGGCGCCAUCCGGGCGAGAGCAACUUCAAAUUCAAACGAAUCAAGAUGAACAAUCAGACCAUCCUGGAGCAGACGAUAGAGGGCUGCAGCAACGCCGUCAUCUACAACAGCGCCACGGCUAACAAACCGCCAACGCUGCAGAGCAAAGCCGCCACAGUCAAAGCUAAUAAAGCAAAAGUCACGUCAGCAGACAGCAAACAGACUGAACCUCAGCUGGGGAACCACACCCCAGACCUGUCCAAGAAAGCCAUCACCGCGCUCAACGUGAACGGCACCGUCAUCAUCCCGGAGUCCACGCUCAUCAAAGCGGGCGGCCUUUCUCACAUCAUGCCUUCUUUACAGCAGCCUCUCAACUACACCCAGGUGCCGAAGAUCGCAGUGCCCCUGAACACCACCAAGUACAACCCCUCCCUCGACGAUAACCUGACGCUCAUCUCCUCAUUCAACAAGUUUCCGUACCCCACCCAGGCGGAGCUGUCCUGGCUCACCGCCGCAUCGAAGCACCCGGAGGAGCAGAUCAAAGUUUGGUUCACCACGCAGCGGCUCAAGCAGGGCAUCAGCUGGUCUCCUGAAGAGGUGGAAGAAGCCAGGAAGAAAAUGUUCAACGGUACAAUCUCCACCGUGCCUCAGACGCUGACUGUGGUCGCCUCCCAGAUCAACUCCCACUCAAGCCCCGCCCAGUCCGUGUACAGCACCGCCUCCAAACCUCUGCAGCAGACGGCGUCUGUCCUCCAGUCCCUCCCCUGUCAGCUCCUGGGCCAAAGCAGCCUGGUGCUGACCCCCGUAGCCAACGGUUCCACCGUCACCUGCGCUCCUCUGGCCCUCACGGUUGCCAACCAGGUGGCACAGUCGCUCAAGCGGCCCCUGGCCUGUCCCGUCGUCACCACAGAGAGCAAACGGCCCUCCAUCAUUCAGACCGUCUCUGUGCCUGCAGCCUCCUCCAGGCCGGCGUCCUCCAAAGUGCUGAGCUUCACCGUGGACCCCAACAAGACGGCGGAGCAGCUGUCGGUGCUGAGGUCCAGCUACACUCAGUGUCCGUUCCCCGAGGAAGAUGAGAUCUACAGGCUGAUCGAGACCACCGGUCUGUCCCGAGGGGAGAUAAAGAAGUGGUUCAGUGAGCAGCGGCUCCUCAAUCUCAAAAACGUACCAACUCCCCCCGUGCUGGUAAAAGCGGAGGCGACGCCGCCCGUUAAAGACGCCCCCCCCGUAAAGAAAGCGGUUCCUCACAAGUUUCCCCUGCUGGAGAGGGUGAAGGGGAAGACGUCUGAGCAGCUGAAGGCGCUGGAGGAGAGCUUCCAGAGGAGCUCCUCCCCAUCAGAAUCAGAGCUGGGCCAGCUGGCUCAGGAGACCCGGCUGUCCAAGACGGAGGUGGACUGCUGGUUUUCGGAGCGCAGGGCGCUGAGGGACAAUAUGGAGAAGGUGUUACUCGCCAUGGCCUCUAAGAACACCGAGGACCGGUCCGAGCGGCCGGGAGGGGCGCUGCUGAACGGGACCCCCCACCGAGAGCACAACGGGAAGCUCCCACCUGUCCUCUCCUGUUCCUCCUCCCCUCCUGCGCUCGCCGCUUCCUCCCCUCAGCCGCCCACCCUCUCCUCUUCAACGUCGCCUCCCGUCCUCACAUCAUCCCAAUCUUCCCCUCAUCCUCCCGUGGCAGCAGCUUGUUCGAGCCCCACGACCAUCUCCAGCGAGUCGCUGGCUCUGCUCAGAGAGAUGUUCUGCCGGACCCAGUGGCCAAGUCCUGAGGAGUACAGCCAGCUGGAGGCCCAGACCAGCCUGGGGCGCACCGACAUCGUCCGCUGGUUCAAGGAGCACCGCUCGGCCCUGAAGAACGGGGAAACGCUGGGCUGGAUGGAAGGCUUCCAGAACGUGGCCACGCCGCCGACAGCCGGAUUAGAACAAAACGGCCAGAGUUCUGAGAAACAGCCGAGCUCGUCUGUGGAAGCCGGCGCCGUGAAGGCAGGGGAAGAAGCUGGAGGGAACGAAGCACAAACGGAGAACGCCAAACUGUUCCAGCAGGACAAACUUCAGUGGUUAACUGACAGACUAGUCCAGGGCGUGGCCGGGCUGAGUCGGGCCCGGCAGGACCACACCAGCACAAGUCCUGAGAACAAAGAGAAGUGGGUAAAGGUCACCGUGGCUGUUGGAGAGGAGACCGACGGAGGAGUGGAGCAACAAAAACUCACAACCGACUCAGAAGUUGUGUCUUUGGACCAACCGGGGCAGGUCACAGGCUGACGGUUCAAAACGGUUGAUUUCUUCGGAGAGACGACCGAGUGGAGAAGCUGUGAUGCCAGGAGGCAGUGAAGUGACUCUAAGAGGAGUGCCAAAGUGGGACUCACUAUAUUAUUUUUACCUUAUGACUUUUUUUAAAGAAAGGCCUCUGUACAUAUUUAGUCUGUAUAACUAAAACGUUUGUACAGUUUUUUUUCUGGAAAAGCGAGUUUUGUUAAGUUUUAUUCUGAAUGUUCGUUCUGAACCUGGAAUGUGUUUUUCUUUAAAGAUCAAAAUGUAUCAUAGUGUAUUUGCUUCAAAUCUUUUUAUUUUUUUGAAAAUCCUUUGACUCGUUCGGAGGAGACUCUGAAGGCACUUGCAUCUUUCUCUGUUCGAGAUCCUUUUCUUCUAUCAAACGUAAUGAAGAAGUGACUGAAGUCGUGGCAGGAGGGAGUAGAAGUGCAUUGUGGGCUACGGCGCUGCAGACACGCUUUUUUUUUUUUUUUUUUUUUGUUGCUGCUCGUGGAUCAGAGUAUUUUCCAAAGUGAAAAGAGUGAAGGGUCCGUUCGAUCGCACCGCGCUGCCUUUCCUGUGUAUGCCUGACGCUUCCUCUGGAGGAUGUAUUCCAGCUUAGCCCGCUCUAUUCCAACCGUUCUCGGCUGAAUUUGCCCUUGGAGAAAAUAUCGCAAGCAUGUUAAAAAAAAGGUUCCUGAACUCUUGCGGCUGGAUUCGGUCUGGACAGUGGAACCUAAACACUCAUGAAUGUGCAGAAACAGACUGACCAACAAAGAAUCUAGAAUGUCAACUUUCUCCGGCUGCAUGUCCGUCAACUCUUUUUCAGGAAGGAUUGAAAGGGAUCCGUUAGUUUUUAAGUUUCCUCCGUCAGGUCCUCCUGCUGCUCUGUUUCUGUUAUCCAGGACGCUGCACACAAUAUCAAAUGCUUUCUUUUUUUUAUUUUCCAGGCUUGCUGCAGGUCAAUAAAAACACAAUAAACUCCCAGACUUUUUGUACUCUU